AUGGAUUCCACCCUUCUGUUGCAAAUGAUGAACUGGUUUGAUCUAUUUUUCCAGGUGAAAAAAUUUAAUGAUGUGGUUGGUAGCCCAUACUAUGUUGCUCCAGAAGUAUUGCGAAAGCGCUAUGGUCCUGAAGCUGAUGUUUGGAGUGCUGGAGUAAUAGUUUACAUUCUACUAAGUGGAGUUCCUCCUUUCUGGGCAGAAACCGAACAAGGAAUCUUUGAACAGGUCCUGCAUGGUGAUCUUGACUUCACAUCUGAUCCUUGGCCAAGUAUUUCAGAAAGUGCAAAGGAUUUAGUAAGGAGAAUGCUUGUUCGAGAUCCUAGAAGGCGCUUAACUGCACAUGAAGUUUUGUGCCACCCUUGGGUUCAAGUUGAUGGUCUGGCUCCUGACAAGCCUCUUGAUUCUGCAGUCCUAAGUCGCAUGAAACAAUUUUCUGCUAUGAACAAACUCAAGAAAAUGGCUCUCAGAGUUAUUGCAGAGAAUCUCUCUGAAGAAGAAAUUGCUGGCCUGAAAGAAAUGUUCAAAAUGAUAGAUGCAGAUGGCAGUGGUUCAAUAACUUUUGAAGAACUUAAGGCUGGACUUAGAAGAGUUGGUGCUAAUCUGAAGGAUUCAGAAAUUUACGAUCUAAUGCAAGCAGCAGAUGUUGAUAACAGUGGAACAAUUGAUUAUGGAGAGUUUAUAGCUGCUACAUUACAUAUGAACAAAGUUCAGAAAGAAGAUCACCUCUAUGCAGCUUUCUCCUACUUUGACAAGGAUGGAAGUGGUUUUAUCACCCCAGAUGAGCUUCAACAAGCCUGUCAGGAGUUCGGCAUAGAGCAUGUCUGCCUGGAAGAAAUGAUCAAAGAAGUUGAUCAGGACAAUGAUGGGCUCAUAGAUUACAAUGAGUUUGUGGCCAUGAUGCAAAAAGGAAAUCCAGUUCUUGGUGGGAAGAAGGGGUUAGAGAAUGGUUUCAGCAUUGGGUUUAGAGAGGCUUUGAAACUUUAA